CAGCACCCUCACGAGAAAGACAGCAUGAAAGAAAAAAGGAAACAAUCAAAUGAAACUUCAGGUAUGGCUCCAGUAGAAGAAGAGUCAUUUACAGAUUUGACAAAAACUGAACUAUUGUCGUUGAAGGCUAACAGGACAAAGAUAAGAUAUGCCAAUACAUACAGACUGGAGCCAUACAAUAAAUUUCAGGAUUAUGUAGUAAGAAAGAAAGCUCAAGAGAUACUAACGAAUAAACUUCAAGAAACCAAAUAUGAUGGAGUUUCUAGUCCCUCCUUGUGUGCUUCAAUCUCUGAAGAAAUACUAACGGCUAUUAAAGAAUUGGGCUAUGACCGUUACAAGUACGUCGUGUCAGUUCUAAUUGUGGAAAAGGCUGGUCAGGCAAUAAAUGUUGCCAGCAGAUGGGUCUGGGAUGUUCAGAGAGACACUUGGGUUUCAGCUAAAUGUGAAACUGAAACCUUUAUUGCACUGGCUUUGAUAAUGGCUUGUUAUUAUGAGUAAUAUUCUAAAAGACACCCCUAUUUUUGAGUAUCACAGUACUUGGCAUAUUUGAAAAUAUUCAAAAUAUCAAUAUUUUACCCAUGAAUUUUGAGGCUAACACUGCUAGAACACUGAAGUUGACAUAUUUCAGCUAAUUUUACCUAUUCUUUUAUUUAAGAAAAAAAAAUUGUGAAAUAUCUUAGUUAAAUACAUAUCGGCUUCAUCUGCUAUAACUCUCUUGUUUUGGACAUUAAAGCAAGUGUUAUAAAAAAAAACUUGCAAAAUAUUCCGUAUUACUUUCUAGUGCAUGCCUGGACUUGCUAGGAAAUGUAUUUACAGGAAACUGAGAGUAUCAUUUUUGUUUAAAAGUUUGUACUUUGUUGGCAUUGCAAGAGAAAGCAGUAUUUGAUUUGUUUUUAUUCUAGUAAUGCUAGAAUAUCACAACUUAAGAACACGUAGAAACAGCAAAAUGGGAAGCCAUCUUUAUCAGCUAUCUUUAACAUUUUUAAGUCUUUACAGAAUAUUGCAGAAUAUUUUCCUCCUAUCUGUUAUUUUUUAAUAGCUAAUCACCCUUAGGAGGUUUUGCACAAAUAUUAAUCUGAACAGAACGAGAGCUUAAUCAUUAGGUUCUUUGUGCCCAAAACUUGCAUUAAACGUUGACUCUGUGU